AUGUAAGAUGAUAAGACAGAGUUCACAUUAAAUGAAAAUGAAAUACUUAAUUAAGAUCUGGAUAAAUUAUAAAAAGGAUAAGUUUAAAAUAAUACAGAAUGUGAAUUAUUGAGAUUAAAAUAUGAAUAAUAACUGGGUAGUGAGGUAUAAUUUAUACAAAAUUUAGUAAUAAAAUAAUAGUUAAAGUUUAAAAUGAAUUAGAUUUGAAAAAAUUUAAUAAUGAAUUAAAAUUAUUUGAGGAGAAAAAAAAUCUUCUGGAAAAUGAGAGAUUUUAAGAGAUUGAAAUGAAUAAGGCAAAUAUUCUAAAUAUAAUAUGCAUAAUGAGUAUUUUAAGUUUAAAAUGA